AUGGGGACACGGGCCCUGAGGGGUCUCCUUCUCCUCCUGCUGCUGUCGCCGCGCGGGGCCUCGGCGGGGAGCCUGCACAGUCCAGGCCUGUCCGAGUGCUUCCAAGUGAACGGCGCCGACUACCGCGGCAACCAGAACCGCACUGGCCCGCGUGGGUCCGGCCGCCCGUGCCUCUUCUGGGACCAGACGCAGCAGCACAGCUACAGCAGCGCCAGCGACCCUCAGGGCCGCUGGGGCCUGGGCGCGCACAACUUCUGCCGGAACCCAGACGGUGACGUGCAGCCAUGGUGCUACGUAGCCGAGACGGAGGAGGGCAUCUACUGGCGCUAUUGCGACAUCCCCACGUGUCACAUGCCCGGCUACCUGGGAUGCUUCGUUGACUCGGGGUCGCCCCCAGCCCUCAGCGGCCCCAGUGGCACCUCCACGAAGCUCACGGUCCAGGUGUGCCUUCGCUUCUGCCGCAUGAAGGGCUACCAGCUGGCGGGAGUGGAGGCUGGUUACGCCUGCUUCUGUGGCUCUGAAAGCGACCUGACCCACGGACGCCCGGCCCCCGCCACCGAAUGUGACCAGAUCUGUUUCGGCCACCCGGGCCAGCUGUGCGGCGGCGAUGGGCGGCUGGGCAUCUACGAAGUGUCCGUGGGUUCUUGCCAGGGCAACUGGACGGCGCCUCAGGGCGUCAUCUACUCCCCGGACUUCCCGGACGAGUAUGGGCCGGACCGGAACUGCAGCUGGGCGCUGGGCCCGCCGGGCGCCCUGCUGGAGCUCACCUUCCGCCUCUUCGAGCUGGCCGACCCGCGCGACCGGCUGGAGCUGCGCGACUCCGCCUCGGGAAGCCUGCUCCGCGCCUUCGACGGCGCCCGCCCGCCUCCGCCUGGUCCGCUGCUCCUGCGCGCCGCGGUGCUGCUGCUCAACUUUCGCAGCGACGCGCGCGGCCACGGGCAGGGCUUCGCGCUCGUGUACCGGGGGCUGCAGGACCACACCGAGGACUGGGCGCCCCCCAAGGACUCGGCCCAGACCCCCGCAGCGCCCCCCGACGGGACCAACGUGAGCUGCAGCCCCAGGCCUGGGGCUCCGCAGGCUGCGAUGGGGGCCCGGGUCUUCUCGACGGUGACGGCCGUCUCAGUGCUGCUGCUGCUGCUGCUCCUGUCUCUGCUGCGUCUACUGCGCCGACGGAGCUGUCUGCUGGCUCCGGGUAAAGGGGCCCCGGCGCUGGGGACUUCCCGGAGCCCCAGGAAAAGCUGGGCCGUGUGGUACCGCCGGCCCCGAGGGGUGGCUCUACCGUGCGCCCCCGGGGACCCCCAGGCUGAGGGUCCUGCGGCGGGCUACCGUCCCCUGAGCGCUUCCAGCCAAAGCUCCUUGCGCUCGCUCAUCUCCGCCCUCUGA